AUGGCUGGAGUUCAGGCGACAAUUCAAUUCAGGUCACGCAAGAAGGUCUAUGUGGAUGAAGAUGUUACUAACGAAAACAAAAAUAUAUUAAAUAUCAGGAAAACUAGUGAAAGAAAGCUGAAAAGAAAUAUUGAAGAUUUGAAAAAAGAUAUUGAUGAUGAUUGCACUCCUGUAAAAGUUUCGCGAAGAGAAACACUAACGAGUAAAAACACACCAAAAAAAGACAGUGAGGAGGAAAAUCUGAGACCCUUAACUAGCAGGGAGAAAGAAAUCGGAUGGCUGGAUAACUUUUUGACUGAACAUCUUGACAAGGAAGAGUCUGCUUCACUCUACAUCUCAGGCCAGCCCGGUACUGGGAAAACUGCUAGUUUAUCGUACAUUUUAAACUUGCCUAAGUUCAAAGAAGGAUACAAACAAGUAUACAUUAACUGUACUAUGAUGAAAUCAGCCGCUAGUAUCUACAGCAGAAUAUGCAAAGAGCUUCAGUUGCCAACAUCAGGAACAACAGAGAAAGCAUGCUUCAAUGCUAUUGAAAAAUAUUUAAAAAAGAAACACAAAAUGAUACUUUUAGUAUUGGAUGAAAUAGAUCAACUAGACAGUAAGCGGCAAUCGGUACUGUAUACAAUAUUCGAAUGGCCUGCAAUGGCCGAUUCCCGCAUCGUGUUGAUCGGCAUCGCCAAUGCAUUGGACCUCACGGAGAGAACCCUGCCACGGCUGCAGGCUCGUUGCUCCCUCCGACCCGAAACCCUUCACUUCGCGCCAUACACCAAAGAACAGAUUAUCAAUAUAUUUACGAAUGUACUGGCUAAUGAAGAUAAGAGCAACGUGUUCUCUCCUGUUGCCUUACAAAUGCUUGCAGCUAAAAUCUCAGCAAUAUCAGGAGACAUGAGAAGAGCUUUAGAUAUAGGACGAAGAGUAAUAGAACUCGCGAGAAGGACAAAGUUUUCUGACAACCAAUCAAUUGAUAAUAUGAUGAAAGAUUCUACAGUUACUGUGGAGUUGAAACAAGUAUUAGAAGUACUCAACGACGUAUACGGUGGCUCGCGGAAGAUCGAGUCGGAUGCUGAAGACGGAUUUCCACUACAGCAAAAAUUGAUCCUGUGUAGUAUUAUGUUAAUGCUGACAAAGGGGAAGGUGAAGGAAAUCGUCAUGGGGAAGCUGCACGAUGUCUAUAAAAAGGUAGCGACGGCGCGCAACAUAGUGCCGCUAGAUAUGUGCGAGAUGAGUGCAGCGUGUGGGUUGCUAGAGGCUCGCGGCGCGCUGCGGCUGGGUGCGGGCGCCAGUGCGCGUGCGCGGCGCCUGCGCCUGCAGUGGGACCGCGCCGAGCUCGCCGCCGCAUUACGCGACAAACCUCUUCUAUCCGCCAUACUUGAUGACGUCAGCUGCCUACCUUCCUAG